AUGACCAUGCAAGAAAACUGCUACCAGCUUCGAGUGGAGCUAUCAGCCAAAGGGAAGCGCGUGGUGAAGGGAUGUUAUUCUGACUCCGGCCGGAAUCCCUAUGGAUCACGGUGGCAUAAAUAUGGGGAAAAGAUAGAGAAUUGCAGCGACCAGAAGUAUCAGAAGCUGAAGAACAUGUUGUUUAAGAUAACGAUCCCUUAUGGACGGAAAUACGAUAAGAUGUGGUUAUUGAAUUCCAUUGAAAACGAAUGCGGCUUCCACUUGCAAGCUAUUCAGUUCCACUAUGUUAAAAAUAUGGCUGCCUUUUUCGUGGACAAUUUCUCCACCGCCAGAUGUCUGGUUCGCGCGUCAAAGAAGAUACAAGGUGCUCACUACCACAAGAUAAUUAUUAGAGCAGAGCCAUUCUACACAGCGGACGAGCAGAUGGACAUGAGUUUUAUCAGCCCUUUACACACAGUGAACUACGUGGAUCACAGGGCUGAGCACAUUCAGUCGUGUCUGUGGAGGAGGUACGACCGGUCCCUUGAAAGCCUCGACCUGAGCAGUCUCGCAAAUGAUCCGGAUUUACUUUCCGCCAACAUCCACUUUUCCGUGAACGAUACUUCUGUAACAGGAAUUCUUCUCCAAGUCAUAUCGGAGUGUUACCCCCAGCUUCUCUCUUUGAAUCUGAGUUAUAACAAUCUCUCCAAGCUGACUGGGUUUGCACAUCUGUUUUACCUGACCCCUCAUCUGCAGAGCCUGGACCUCUCCUAUAAUAAGCUCUGCAAAGUUCAAGACCUGGAUCUCAUCCACAACCUGGAGCUGAGAGAGCUGUGGCUGGAAGGAAAUCCUCUGCGCGGGGCCGCGGAAAGCCACUCCGCCUACUACAGACUGAUAACCUAUCACUUCCCCGCUAUUGAAAAGCUGGAUGGGCUGAUUUUUAAAGAAAAUCUAUUUUUUGAGCAAGAAGAACCCAUACCUCUCCCAGAGACAAAGGGAAGCUUUUUUGUUAGCGACGAGAUCAAAUCUUACUUGGCAAAGUUUCUGCACCAGUUCUUCACACUGUACGAUUCUGGGGAGCGCAAGACCCUCCUUCCCCUGUAUCACGAGAACGCCUGCUGCUCUUUUAGUUUACCCCACGUAGUCUAUCCAAAAGCCUGCUUUAGUCAGAUUAAAGAGUACUGGAAAGAGAACCGGAACCUCCUCCGAGUGAAGAGACCAGACUUGAGGCGUCGGCUGAUAAAGUAUAACGGGUUGCAGGUGGUCGGCUUUCUCUGCAAUCUCCCGAAAACAGAGCACGACCUGCCGUCCAUGACGCUGGAUGUCAGUUUCCAGACUACGUCUCUCAUGUGUUUCACCGUUGAAGGAAAAUUUAAGGAAGUGGACGUGAGCUGCCAGGAGACCCUCUUCAUCCUCUUCAGAAGAACCUUCAUCAUCGUCCCAGCCUCAGAAGACAGAGCUCAGAUAUUAAACGAUCAGAUGGUUAUACUCAAUUCAUACGUCGAUCCGCAAGAAACGUCUUCAUGUGUAGCCUCCAAGUCCGUCCUGGCGGUCUGUGAGCAAACCCUGCCCCCGCCCUCUGCUGACGCCGUCAGUGCCUUCUCUAAAUACACGGGGAUGAAACGUGACUGGGCUCUCAAAUGUCUUGAGGACAACAACUGGGAUAUCCAGAAAGCAAAGGAAACAUUUACUCUCCUGAAGAACCAAGGCGCUAUACCGCAGGAGGCCUUUGAGGUGGAGGAGAUGGCGGAUGACGUGCUUGCAUAACUUUCUAGAAGUGCAACUCCCCCACGGAGCAGGGCUCUGAUUUAUAUGGAGGAGAGAUUUAAUAUAUUCCUCUGUUCCUGGAGCAGAGACUUCAGUGUUCAUGUCCAUGUGUGUGUCUCUUGUUGUGUCUUGUUAAGACGCCAGUCAGACGACCACAAUAGGGCUGCAAUUUAGCAUCUGUAUGGCUGCAAGACUAAACUCCACCCCCGAGGUUCAGUUGUACCAAACUUAGAUCACCAUGUGGUUCUGCGGUGAUCGGGUCACUUCAGCCGGAUGGAAUAUAAAAUGCAGCCCCAUUUUGACCGUCUGAAUGGCGCCUAAGGUUCUGCAGAGAAUCUGCACCGUUUUGUUGAGUUUAUAUGUGAGAAGGAAAUUGUUUUGUAUGGAGAAAAUACUGUUUAAUGUGCAAUAGGGUUUUAAGGCUUCAGUGUGAACGUCACUUUUGUAUCAUCAUUAUUAUUAUUAUUAUAAAACAGCCAUUAAAGGAAAUGUUCUGUUACUGGA